AUGGCGACUGCCUCCGACGACAGGCGUGCUGCGGAGAGAGGGUACCAGAGUCUCUCGUCUCUGUUCCGACCCCUCCCUGACAGUUCCAACGACUGCUAUAGAUGCAGCAGAAAGGUCUACAUGCAAGAGAAAAUUGGUCCCGUUCACGAUGUAGUGUUUCAUAAAAAUUGUUUCAAAUGUUUCGUGUGUGGCCAGUUUCUAAACAUCCGGAGUUACUGGUCCAAUGCCACAGAUUCAGGAGACAAGGAGGUGUAUUGUAACACCCAUGCUCCCAGGAUCGGAGCACCAAAGUUGGGACCAGGGGCCCUCGGGAUUAAAAACGCAAUGGAUGCCCAAAAGGGUUACCAGAAAAUGUCUAAAAAGUUGAAGCCCGAGGUCCGGGAAGCUGGAACAUUACGUAUCCCCAGUUACGGGAUGCAGGCUGUUGAGGUCCAAAGGGCCGUUUCUGUACCAAAAACGCAAAAAGUCACGUCGCCUGACCAGUCCGGCCCACAGUUCGGCAAAGACGCUCUCCACAUCAAAGGGCCUAUCGACGCUCAGUUACUGAUGAAGGGUAACCAGCUGCUUCACGAAAAACAUCACUACCCUCCCAACAUAUACAAGAAGCGUAAGAAUGUGUUGCUGGAUGCUCAAAAGCGAUUGGAAGAGGAACAUCGUAGGGAGGAGGAUUUGCUGCUCGAACAGAUUACUCAGAAUCGUCGUCAGGAGAUCCGCAGAAUCUCGGACGAACUCAACAUGGAAUGGCAAGUCAAACUCAAGGAUCUUACUGAGAAAUUUGAACGAGAAAUGGACAAGAAGAAAAAGAAAAUAAAGGACAGUGAAAAAAAGCAAAUGACGAUGCACUUUGAAAACCAGAGGAAGGACUUGGAGGUGACCAUUAAUGAGAAAAGAAACAGGAAACGUGAGUCCAUGACAAUGAGGAUUCGGGAGAAGGAACAGAAGGUCACAUCAACAAUGGUGGCCCGACAAAGUAAACAGAUGUUACAGUUACUGGCUGCCAAAAAGGAAGAAAUCAAACAAGAAAUUGUGGAAGAGAUUGCACAGGAAACGAACGGUGUUAAUGGACAUGACGAACAAGAGGAGCUUGUAGAGGAGGUAAUUGAAGCUUUAGGUCUCCCUGCCACAGAUCUUCCCCCUCCGAAUCCUCCAUCAUGUCGCAAAAAAGAACUCUACGAGGAUGUCGGCAUCUUCAAUGAACUAGAUGAAGACGUUAUCAAGGUUGCUGAAAAUGAGCAGUGCACAUACACAGAGUUGGUUCAGCAGCUGACAGAGAAUCUGAAGACAGACCUUGAAAAAGUCAGAGCUCUGUAUCGAUGGGUGACUGUGAAAGACCUUAACAUAAUAGACUUUGAAGAAACUUUGGGCACUGACAACCCCAUGGGCCUUUUACGUGGGAUCAAAUUUGGCACAGAAACCUAUCAUGUACUAUUCAUGAGGCUAUGCAGCUAUGCUGGUUUGCAUUGUGUUGAGAUCAAAGGUCACUCUAAAAGUGUGGGGUAUGAACCUGGGAUGAAGAUCCAGCCAGACACCUUCCAGAACACAUGGAACGCUGUGCUUAUAGAUGGAGACUGGCGCCUCAUUCAGUGUAACUGGGGUGCAAGGCACCUGGUGUUGAACAAAGACAAGAAUAAGGCAAAAGAAAAAUCUUCCUCCAAGGAUCAGAUUCGAUACCAAUAUGAUGAGCACUACUUUUUAACUGAUCCAGAUGAGUUCAUCCAGGAAUUCUGGUCGAGGGAGCCAGAAUGGCAGUUGCUUGAAAACCCAAUCACUUUGGAAGAAUUUGAAGCACUUCCAUUUGUACGUUCUGUUUUCUUUCAUUUUGGAAUGCGUUUUGAUCAUGGGAUGACUGCUGUUCUAGAUGCCUCUGCUAAAGGUGGAUGUGACAUCAAACUCAAGAUUCCAGAGAGUUUAGAAAACGACUUGGUGUUCUACUAUCAGUUACGAUUUGCAGAAAAGGAAAAGAGAAUGGAGGCAACCUAUAGAGGUUCCAGCUUAGAACGUUUUGUCUUCCAGACAAUGAUCCACAACACGGUUAUGUUUAGUAUACACCUUCCAACCACCGGAGAUUUCUUCUUUGAAAUAUUUGCGAACAAAAUUGAAGAGAGCAACAGAUUUGGAAAUUCUGAAGAUUCAGGUUCUGGUAUAUCACCAUUCCGAUUGAAAUGUGCAUGCAAAUUCAAAGUGAGCUGUCCACAGUUGUCGGGCAAGAUGCAUCCACUUCCCGAUUGUGCCUCAGGAGAAUGGGGCCCAUUGAAGGGAAAGAGACAUUUUGGUAUCCAUAUGAAGCAGUUGAGACAUCUUGGUAAAACAGUUCCAGAAAAUUCCACAGUCAACGACAAUUCCGACAAACUUUCUGACAGUGGCAGUUCAGAAAGUGGGCUUGGUGACGCUCCCGAUAACCCCAAGGCAGGCAUCAUCAAUGUGGAAGAUGGUAUCGAACUAUAUGCCAAGAUUCCUAGACCUCUUCAUUUUGUCGCCAAACUGAAAUCAAAUGUUUAUGAAAGCAAGGUAUUGGACCCUUUUGUGCAUUCUUCAGUGGAAGGGGAUACUUUGAAGGUGCGAGUUAGCCCUCCUCAGACUGGUCAGUUUGGUCUGGAUGUCUAUGCUCGACCAAAGGAGGCUAGUGAAUCAACUACCUUAUCACAUGCCUUUAAAUUCCUCUUAAACUGUGUGAAGGUUUCCAAGCCUGUUGAUCUUCCUAGAAUGCAACCAAAGCAAGUUGCUAAGAAAGAAAAAUGGGGGCCUACAGCUCAGUUUGAAGAGUUUGGCUUGAAGGUUUUGUCACACAAGGAACCAAAGAUUUAUUGUUCAGAAACAAACCAGUGCACCAUCGACAUAUUGGUACCAAGUAAAGUCACGAUGUCAUUUCAGUUCCUGAAGGAGCCAGAUGAGGAAAAGAAUGAAUUGGUAUCCAUGGUGAAGGAUGAUGCUGAUCCACAAAAGACUCGGUUCUUUGUGAAUGCCCCAGUCCCUGGUAACUAUAUGCUAUCUCUGUUCGCCACCAAGAAGGGCAUCAAUGACCAGUCCUUUCCAAAUGUGUACAACUUCUUGGUAGUUCACAAGAAAAGCCCGAAAGAAUUGAAUGGUACUGCAAAACCAGAGGAAAGGAAACCAUCUUCAAUUUUUCGAAAAAAUCUCUUCAAGAAAUCAGACAAAGAUAAAAAUAAAUAA